CACAAGGUGGCAGUAGUCCUUUGCUAAAUGUCACUGCGCAUGCCCGACUAACAUUAUUCAACAAACAUGGCGGCACGCUACGUGACAGCACUGAAAGGUGUGCACCUUGUUUCCGGCCGGUGGAGCCAAACCCCGACAGUGUGUCAGUUUUUGCGGCUGCAUGCUGCUCAGUGUCGACCGCUACAUGUCUCCCCCGCUGCCUCUCAGUGCAGCUCAAGGAGAGAACCACAGCAGAGCAACAACACCGAAGAUAGGAAGGAAGAGGAGGGUCCUGAAUACAUCCCCACGAAAAAGGGGAAGAACCCCAUGAUGGGGAUUGGCUAUGCCUGGAUGAUAGGCCUACCCACUGGACUCAUCGGCUUCCUCUUGGCCAAGCGACAAGUGGACAAAAACCGACUGAAGCAGCUGAAAAUACGCCAGAGGAUGAAAAGGUCAAAUGAGGGAGAAUAUGAAGGCAGUCGCUACCGCCAUCAUGCUGAGGAUGUCAAACUGGACCAAUGAUGUACACAUAUGGCUGCAAUGACUUCUACCAUAUCCUGAAUGUCACCCCUCGGACGGUGACUCCACUGCACUACAGCCCAAAGACUGAUUACUGUAGAGAACUCUGAAAAACCCUCUGAGACUAUUUAUUCUAGAGGCAGAUGCAGGGACGUGCUUUUGACUGAGCCUUUAAUCAAGACAGCUUUUUUUGUUUGCGCUUUAUUAGAUUUAUCUUGUUAUAAACAAAGCCGGAUCAUACUGCUCAAGUUGACCACUUCAUUGAAUCGAAGGAAUUAUCCCAUUUCUUAGCCUAAAUGCUGAUGUAUAAAUAUGAUAAAGCAAAAUAAAUGUAUAUUUAUAAAUGUGGGAAUAGAAAAAUGAAAAGUAUCACCAAUGGUACAACAUAUGAAAUACAAAUGUUUAUUUAAUAUGAAAAGGCAAACAUUUUCUGAAUCACCCUACUUUACCCCCACACUGACCAUCUGUGCUGCACAUAUUAAAAUGUCUGCCUUACUUGUUAAGUCAAGGGUUGUAUGUAACUUGGGUCUAUAUCGAAUAUAUAAACAUGUGCAGAGGACCAGCUGGUUGGGGUUGAUCAUUUUGGAGCUUUUGGACACAUUAAUUUGAACUUACUGACUCUCAGGAAUGUUCCAAUAAUUUAACACCAUGGCCCCGGUUUUGUCUUAUCCUCCAUGGGGAAACCCAACCUGCUGACACUUCGUAUCUGACCCAGACUGAAUGAGAAUACAUGAACAGACAUAUGUAUCAAUACAAUAAACGCUGGUAGAAUAUAACCUGGGUACUUCUUAAA